GAGCGUGCGACGAAUGAUUUUUCGUCAUUCAGGCAUAAGCCUUUUGGGGUGUGUACCACUAGGAGAGUAUACAUCUUUUUGUGCACCGUAAAAACUGCGUAGCUCGACUGCAUAACUUUACGCGUGCGAACUUAUGUGGUUAAUGUAAUAUUAUAUGCCAUGGAAAAGGUGGGGAGAAAGAAGUUUUUCCUUUUUUUUUUUUUUCCAACAUGACUGACAUUUUAUCGUCAUUUUUACGCUAACUGGGUUAUUUAUUUAUUUUUUUUUUUCGCCCCAACCUCCUCCAACGCGUUUAGCAAGGUGGUCAACCGGGAAUGACACGACCAAUUUUUAUCUUUUUUGCUUGUUCGCUCCACUGUGGCUAGAGCAAUGACUGGAAAAGAUGAACUUCUCAUCAGCCCCUGUCGAAAAUAAAAGUGAUUUACUAAAGGGGAAGGGGAAUGUAGAAAGGUCCAGGGAGCUGCUAGAGAUGAUCAUGAACAAUUGCGAUGGGCCAAACUUCAAAGUGACGGUGAAUGACAGCAGGGAGUUUUUUGGAGCCCUGGCAUAUGUGGACAAGUACAAUUUAUUUCUCACCGACUGCGAAGAGCGCUACACAGGCAGCCAAGCGUACACACGAAAUUGUGGGAACAUCCUAAUUCCGUUUAAGAUAAUCAAGUUGGUAGAAAUUAAAAAGGGUUACUUUGACAGCUGUUACGAGGAACUAAAAAAGGCGCAGCAGGCGUAA